AUGAAGGAUUUGCCUCUGUCCCUGCUGAGUCGGGGGUGUGGUCUAUUCGUCUCGUCCAAUGGAAACAGGGGGAGACAUGACGGACGGCUGGAUGUCUGCUUCACACCUCAGGAUUACUACAUCUGGAAGUCUCAGGACUCUCUGCUGCGUCUGUCCAACAGCGGCCAUCUGCUUGUGGAGGCAGAGUCAGCCCUUCCAAAGACCUACAGCACCAGAAGAGGGCCACUUCUCCUGUACUCCCAGGACUUGGUUUCUAUGGAAACCAGUUUUCACUCAGAGACCAGAGACAGAAAGCAAAGGGUUGUUCGGCAGUACACUCAACAAGUGGGACAGCUGAGCACCGUCAAGGAGUUAUCGGCAGCCAUCUUGAGCUACAGUAACACUCAGUUCACCACCUCCAGACUCGGUCCGCUCUCCUUUCCUCCUCUCAUUCCCCCUCUUGCUCCAGGCCUCCAUCAUCCCAGUCCUGCGUCGCCCACGACACAAGGGCAGCCCCGUCCAGAGAUGCUCACACAGUUGAACCCCCAGUGGCUUCCUGCAGAGAGAAGCACUGCACAACUGGAGAAUCAACUUGAAGAUGAAGAUGAGGAGCAUGGCAACAAGAAAAGGGUCAGGCUGGAUCUGUUUGUCCAGAUACCCUGCACUUCCAGGACUCCAACUCCACAGACGGAGCCUCAGCCCUGGGUACACUAUGUAGCAGUGACCCCUGAAGAACCAGAGAAGCCUCAGACUUGCGAAGACAUGAGUCUGCAGCAUACUGAGACAAAACACCACAGUAUAGGAGGAGAGCUCCAUCAUCAAGACAUGAACUGGGUCCGAGACAUGACAGAUGAUGAAGGCUGUUCCAUUCAAGACAAUGGAACUACCAAUGAUGAAGGCAACUAUGAACGAUUGAUAAAUGGGAACAGACACGUGAGGAAAGGCCUCCUUCCUCCUCUGACAGUGGGACAUCCAGUUUCUAAUAGACCCUGUUUGGAGAAUACAGACAGGUCAAGAUGGGAGGGCCCCAGCACUGAUGAACAACAUGCAAGGCGCUUACCUCCCAUAGCAGAGAGUCAUACCGUUGGACCCGAGUGGGCCACCAAGGCUCAGACCCAGCAGGAUGCCAGAACAAAGGCAGAUAGCGUUCAAUCCCAAGAAAAUCUGAACAGACUCCAUCAGCAGCCUCUGAUUCUCCCUCUGCUGUUUCCAGGAAAGGAGGGAGAGAUAAAUGGGCAGCAAAGAGGAGGAGGAGGAAAAUCAGAGAGACAAUAUCAUAAAAAAGAGAUAGUAGGGCAGGGAGGAGGAGGAGGAGGAGGAGGAGGAGGAGGAGGAGGAGGAGGAGGAGGACCCUCUGAGAAAGGCUCUAUGAUUCUGCUGGAGCCAGGAGAAGAGCCUCCUCCUCCAGUAGGAGUGCUGGGUUGGGUCACAGGACGGAAAGGCCCGGGCAAACAGAGCUCUUUGGCCUUCUUACAGAACCGACUGUCCGACUUUCAGGAUGCCUGUGAAUCCAGCGAUGCUAACAGAGGCGUGGUUAGGGGCAUUCUGCCUCUGGAGCUGAGAGAUUUGCAGAAUGACAAAUCAGUUGGCAGUCUGAUCUUGGGUCCUGAUGGGGAGAUCAUUCAACUGUCGCUGUACGACAACAGCCAGGACCCAUCUCAUAUUGAUGGUGAUACACGGGAGCAAGCUCUCCAGGUUUUGUCUGCAGAAGGAGAGAAGUUACCCUGGGUCAUUGUGCUGCAGCCUGAAAACACACAUAUAGAGGGAGAGGUGGAGCUGAACGCAGAUGUUCCUGUGGGUGAUAUCCAGCACCAUCAGUCUGUGCACAAGCUCUUAGAUCUUCACAGAUCAACAGAGACUGGUGAAUGCUCACCCAGCAGCCACACAGACCCAGGUAAAUCUCCAGCGGCUGUGACCAAGAAAAAAACAAAGGGUGCAGAGGCAGUGUCGGGUAUAUUGGGAAAGGACGCAAAACACAAUAUUAGGAUGCCUCCUCUGAGGGAGCAGGAAGGGAAAGAAGAGGCAAGAGGAGGCCACACUGAGGCAGAAGAGGAGGACGAAGAGGCAGAGCAGAGCAGUACAGGACUGAGUAGCCAUUUGUCUGGAUCACGUCAGCCAGGGUUGCUGCUGUUUAAAGAUGGUGUAUCAUUUAGCCAUCAGAGCAUCAGCCCGAAUGAAGUACCAACUGGGGACGCUGUGGACAAAAGGAGGAAGAAUACAAAAAGGAAGAACGUUGAGGAAGCUACAACAUCCACAGGGAAAAGGGAGAUGAAAACAGGGAAAAGUGCAGCAUCAGAUGGACAGAAGUCAUCAAGGACGAGGGGAGAAGGAAAACGACAGAGGCAAAAGACAGGAAGUGUAAGUGAUGCUCAAUCAGUCAGGAGCCAGAAACCAGAGGAGCAUAUCAACAAAGAGGCAGCAGAGACUCAUUCUGCUCUCCCUUCUGUGAAAAAGAGGAUGACAGACAAGGAAGGAGAGAGAGAAGAAGUGAAGAUGAAAGAGGAAAGAGACGAGGGCGGAGAAGUUGGGAGGCAGAAUGAAAAGUCUGCAGGGAGGAAGAGGAGGAGAGGAAGGAUGAAGAAAAAAGAGUUAGUCGUUGGUAACUCAGAGGACCCCCUAAAGAAAGAGGAGGUGGAAAUCAGCCAGGAAAUGAAAGAGGAGUCUCACAUAAUAAACUCCAAAAGAUCCUCUGCAACACAAAGUCACAGUAACGAUACAAAAACUAAUUCAGAGGAGGACACGGACACAGAGGGUCUUCACACCAUUUCUGACAAACACAGCAGCGUCCGAUCAGUGAGCUCGCUCAGGUCCAGUGCUGCUGCAUCCAGCCUCAACCAGAGGAGCUGGAGGAGGUCUGCUGCCUCUUCCUGGGAGGAGGAGGCAGCUCCUGCCAGCGCCAUGGGUCUCGCUUCAUCUUAUGGCCGCAUGUCGUCAUGUUCAACUAUCAUGGUGACGGAGGAACAGCUGAUGCUGAACCCUGUGAAGCCAGAGUUCUACAGACCCAGAAGGACUAAGGAGGAUGAAGAGGAGGCUGCAGCUCUGCGUUUGGCCCAGCGAGCAGAGAGAAGGAGGCAGGAGGUGGAGAGGAAGAGGAGGGAGAGGGAGGAAGAGGAGAGGAAGCAGCAGGAAAGGGAGCAGACAGAGGAUAAGAUGAGAAGCGAGCUGGAGGAGGAGAGGAGGAAGAGGGCUGAGAAUCUCAGGCUGAAGAAACUGGCAGAGGAGCAGGAGAAGAGGAAACUCGAGGAAGAGGAGCAGGAGCGAGGGAGGCGGGAACAGGCGGAAAGAGAAAGAGAAAGGAGGAGGCAGGAGGAGAAGAGGCGACAGAUGGAGAGACUCCAGAAGAUGAGAGAGGAGGAAGAACAGAGGAGGAAAGCUGAACUAGAGCGCCUGCGCCUGGAAGAGGAGAGGAUGCAGGAGGAGGAGAGCAAGAAGCUACAGGAGAUGGAUGAGGGUGAGAGGAUAGAGUACCUCUGUAGGAAGGAGCAGGAGGAGGAGGAGAGGAGGAUCAAAGAAGAGGAGCGUAAGAGGAGAGAAGAGGAGGCCGCCUUGCGGUCUGCAGAGGAGGCAAGGCUGCAGGCUGUGCUGCUUGAAAGACAGAUGGCGCUGUUGCACCAGCAGUUGGCCUUUAAAAGGGGUCUCGUGUUGGAGGCUGGAGGUCUGGAGAAAACUCAGGGUAUCUCCAGACCGUGGAUCUACUCUUACUUCACUUUGUUACAGCUACUGGGUCUAAAUCCAACUGAAGCUGAGACAAUCACCCCUGACCUUUAA